AUACAAUAUUGGCGCGCCCUUUUACAUGAUUCCUUCAGUUUCUCGACUCUUGAAGAGAGAUAAUCCUGUUAUGUUUGUUCAUCAUUCUCAUCAAAAAUGGUAUCCUUGUCGUGUAAAAAGUCCUUGGAUAUGUUUUCAACGCUCUAUACGUCGGUUGGUUUAUCCAAGGUCCACUGUUCCUUUACCCCAUCUCGUUGUUACUAUGAGUACCCAACAACAGUUUCGUUCAUUUGAGGAUAUGGUUUCGUCCAGGAAACGUUGUUUGGUAGAUUUCCAUUCCUAUGGUUGUGGUCCUUGUCUCAUGCUGGCACCCAUACUGGAAGAACUAGGCAAAGAAUAUUCACAGCAGUUGACUAUAUUUAAAGUGGAUACCGACAAAUAUGCAGCGUUAGCUUCCCAAUAUUAUAUUCGAGCGUUACCUACGUUGAUUUUAUUUGAAAAUGGAAAGGAAGUGACUCGCUGGGUUGGUUUGCUCUCUAAAAGAGAGUUAGUGGAUGCAUUGCAACCUUUUCUUUCAUAAUCUUGGGUCUACUAGAGUUGUUUUUCAAGUUGUUCGAUAAAAUCUAUCAAUACGGAAGCUUCUAUAAAAGCAGCAUAUCCUGCUAUGGAUUGAAAGAAUUCUUUCCAUUCCUUUUGAGUUAUAUGUUCCAGUUGAUUGG